GUGAGUCAGUUGUUUGGCAUGUGGAAAAUAAAGAUGUAAUGUUCAAAUGCUUUGCUAACACUAAUUGGCAUGAGCAAGAAACAUGCUAUUAAAAAUUGAAGGCUCUGAAAAAAGGAAUGCAAAAUGCAUCAGAGAAAAAUUCUCAAUGUUCUGAUGGAUUCAUUAGUCCAGAUGGUCAAGCUGCUCUUGGGAUUGGCGCUAGUAAAGAGAGAGCUAAGAAGAGAAAGCUUGUGCAAAAAAAUGACAUUCAGAAGAAACGCAUGACUGACAAUGGAAAGCAAAUUAUUGCUACUUCUAAGAGCAGGAAUGAUGAUGGCAAACAAAUUAUUGCUGCUUCUAAGAGCAGGAAUGAUGAUGGCAAGCAAAUUAUUGCUACUUUUAAGAGACAUGGAUCGAAGAAGAAAGCUGCAAUACCUGAAAUAGGUAAUUCACAAUUAAGAAAGAGAACAAUUGUAAACAAGGGUUCACGGUCUGCCAUGGAAGAAAAUGGAGCAAAAGAAAUGGUCCAAAUAAACAAAAGAAGCUUUCUGGAGAGUUGAAAAGCCCACCAGUAAAGCCAAAGAAAAGAGACCGUCAUGUGAAUGAUACACCAGUGUGCAUAAGCGGCAUCGCCAGAGUGAAUUUCAGCAGGUAA